AUGUAUUUCAUUCAAAUUCUCAACGACCCUCACACAAAUCCCAGACAAAAAAUUGUUCCCGCAUACGUUACAGCAGCUCUUAUUGAGAAUAAUUACAAACCAGCACAAGAGUUGCUGACCGAGAAUCGUUAUGUGACACUUUGCAUCGAAUUACUCUCGGACACAGCCUUAGGGCAAUGUCGUUUAUUACGCCUUUGGUUAUUGAUCGGUUUGGGUCGUCUUUGGGCCGAUCAUAACGAUGCUCGUUGGCAAGCUAUCCGAUUGGUUGCCUAUGAAAGGGUACUGGAAUUUCUAGAUGACAGUGUGCCUGAGGUUCGAGCAGCAGCGGUUUAUUCUUUGGGAUGUCUGAUUGAUCAUGAAGUGUGCGAUAAACUGUCAGCGAAAUGUACAUUCGAUGGUUCGGUUCUGGUAAGGGCAGAGCUGGUUGUUGCGAUGCAGUGGUUCAUCAUUGACUUCGAAAAUCGUUUCGCGAAUCUCACCAUCGAUCUCGACGAGAAAAUCGACAGACUUUCGAGUGAAGGGAGAACAAGGAAAACAUCGGCUGGUGAUCAAGGCUUGGAUAGUGUGUUGUUGGCGAGUUCCGAAGAGGAUCAUCGCGAAAGAAUGAAAAACUUAGCGAAUAGUGGCUAUGGGUAUCCUUUUUUUAUUGGAACAUUUUAUGUCCUUAUAGAGCAUGUCGAACAAUUGGCAUGCUCAAAGCAUCGCAGACUGAGCAGCACCUCUCAUUUACCGAAUCGACCACCAUCUCGAACGGAGGACAAAACAGAAGUGGCGAAAGAUGUAACGAACAGUGCAUCGUCGACAAGAAACAACGCGCCUGUAACAUUCACAAUUGGAUCACCUGUACUAGCUGCAGGUAGUUCAAUGGUUGGGUCAUCGUGCACUCCAAAUGGUCAUAUCAGACAGCUUUCCGAGAGUUCGACAAUGCCCGAAAAGACGCAUGACUCAUCGAAAUCAAGAUUGGAUUCUCCUUCCAUACCCGUAUUUCAUCAGUCGGCCAUCUUUACGCCAAAGAGAAAUAAAGUUCAUCGUAUGUCGCCGAGCCAGUACCAGCACUGGUCUCGACUGAUUUUGUGCCUUGGUGCGCGAAAAGGACAAGCGGGUGAUGGCCUGUCGGAUCGAUUGGCCGUUAAAUCGAUGCCUAGUGAUUGGGCAUUCCAUAAAGAUGAAGGUCUUCUGCAAACAGCGAAACAGGAAAUCCAAGCACUCACCAAUAUGGAUGUGGUAUGUGAUAUGCAUAUUCUGAAUGAAAUGACUCGUGAGUUGCUGAUGACCGGCAGUGAUAACGGUAUGAUUCGUGUUUGGGAUCCGUGCUACUCCAUACAUUCACAUGAAUUCGAAGCUGAGCCGUGUAUGAUAACUGCUGCGUAUUUGCUGAAGGAUGUGCCUCGCGUAAGCACCGACAAACCAGAUACCACUGUUUAUAGUUGGAAUCAGCAGUCUGGUCGGAUCCUGACAUCGGGCAACGUCCGGUUGUGUCGUAUUUGGGAUACACACGCUGAACAGACUGCGCAGGAUAUUCCAAUUGGCACAAAGAGUUGUCUUGUCACCAAGAUUUGCUCAGAUGAUAGUUGUUCGGAGUUGAUUGCACUUGGUCUGAACGAUGGGUCAGUGAAUUUGUACGAUCCUCGAAUACCGACUAAAUCACAACGAGUGAUGGUUCUUCGCGAGUUGCAACGUAAAAUCGUUGGUCUGUCAUUCAUUUCUAAUACGUCGAACGCUGUUCAAACGGGUGCUGGCCUAAGGUUGGUCGCUGGCUCAGCGGAUGGCGAAUUGCGUGUUUGGGAACCUAGAAUGUUCCAGGAGCCAGUGGUUCAACUGAACGCAUGUGAAGAGCUGAAGGGUAAAGAGAUGAUAAUGCCAAAAAUGGAGGUGCAGCCUAGCGGACAGUUGAUGGGUUGUGCGACAGUAUUACCGGCUGUGAGGAUAUUCGAUGUGUCUGGUAAACAGCUAACUGAUAUCCGCUAUUCUGAUACAUUCAUGAGUGGUGCGAAACAUGGUUUACCGACUGCGCUGCGUUUUCAUCAGUUACGCGUUUCACUGGCAGUCGCCACGAAAGAACGCUUUAUUUCUGCUUAUGGCAUGCCCAAUGAUUGA